CUAGGCCAGGGCACCGGUUGCCAUGGUAACCGUAAAGCCUAUCUCUCCUUGGGAAGCGGCUCCUCUCCUCCCUGCCCCCUCCCUGCUCCCUCCUUCCUCCCCUCCCCCCGGCACCCGGCGCGCUGCAGCUUGCUUGAAACUAACAUGGCCGAGCCCCCCGGCCGGCGGCAGCGGCUCCCGUGGCUCCGGCUUCUGCUUCAGCUCUGGGCUUUGGCCGGGGGUGGGGGUCCCUCACUGAAAUCAUAAAAAAAUAUAUAUACAUAUAUAUUUAGGUCUUCAACCAGUCACGUCGACCGAAAUCCAGCAAGUUUUUUAAAAAAAGGAGGGGUGGGGAAGAGAACGCCCCCAACCCUACUGUAGCAUGUGGAAACUGAACAAGAGCAAAGUGCUUCUGGAUGAUUCCCCCGAGGAAGAGGAGAGCCGGGGAGAAGGGAAAGCGCUGCCGCCGCCUGCGGCCGCCUCGGCCGCCGCCUCUUCGCAGAUGAGGAAACUGAGGCAAACAGGGUUAGAUGAUUUGCCCAAGGUCACACAACUAAACAAGGAACAGUUACUUCAAGAUGAAAUUACCUCCUCAGUGUCUCAACUUGCCACAAAGGUUCAGGGAGCCAGUUUCCGAGGUUGGAAAGAAGUGACCUCAAUGUUUAAUAAAGAUGAUGAACAGCAACUACUAGAAAAAUGCAAAUCUCCAAAGUUUAAAGGAACUAACUUAAGAAUAAAAGAAGAUAUGAAGACUGAAAAGAAAUCUGGAUUUUGGGACAGUUUGGUGUUAAAACAGAAUAUGCAAUCCAAGAAACCAGAUGAGAUCGAGGGAUGGGAGCCACCUCAGAUUACUCUUGAAGAUACGGCCACUGAUUUAGGUGACUCUUCUAGAGACCAUCUCUCCUGGCCAGGUUGGGAAGAUGAGACUAAAGGUUCCACAAAAUACACCAACCUGACUAGCUCAGGAAACAGUUCCAGAUGGAGUAUCAAAUCAGCUGGAAAAUUGGUCAGCAUUAGACGGCAAAGCAAAGGUAAUCUUACUGAUAACUGGGAAGAAUUAGAAUGAUAGGAAUUUGAAAUACUUUAUAAAUGAAAAUGUACCUUGAUGUUUAUGUAUAGUCAAACCAAAAUUUGCUCAAUAUUGCACCUGUAUGCUUAAUUUUGUUCUGAUUCUUAUAAAUAUUUUCUCUAUUAUUUUUAAUUAGUAUAUCAACAGAUGAUUCAUCUGCUUUCUUCAUUUAAAAAGAAUAGAAAACCUCUUUUGUGCCUAUUUUUCACAUUUGGAUUUUUCCAGUAUGUCAGAUUGUUGAAAUAACCAAAAAUACUGUAUUUCCUUUGUGAAUGUAUACACUGGUUUUGAAGUUGACUGCCUUAUCUAGAAACUUCUAGGCUCUUGGAAUCUCAAGACUUCUGAAGCUACAGAUGUUAAUUUUGAAUGAACUUCCUCUAAAAAGCCAGUGUUGAUUUGUAAUUUGCCACAAAACUUUUUUCAUGCCAGAUUUUAUUAUCUGAGAAUCUUCUUUCCUUGUUUUUUAAUUAGUCAUUCUGUUUCUGUUCGUAUGUUGUAUGUAAUAUGAGACUGUAGCAGUUGUACAAUUCUCUUCCAUUGUUAGAAAUGUGCAGUCGAUAAGUCUUCCAGAGGUUAGGCUAAAAUUUAUUUAAUUUAGCAAAAAAUUAAAACUUUACCUUUAAAAAAACUUGAUUAAACAGUUAAAUCAGAAAGUUAAGUUAUAAUUGAGUAUCAGAAAUAUCAAAAAAAAAAAUAUAUUCUUGUAGUGCCUGUGGAGAAAUAGUUUCUAGUUUGCACAUAAAUUGUAAUGAUUUUGGCUUUGUUUUGAUUUUAUUUUUCCUUAGUUCUCCUUUUUGACUUUUAAAUAUUGAUCUUUAUUUUUAAAUUAUUUAUUCUAAAAAGUCACUGUGUUUUUGUGUUGUCAAGGUAACUAAGGAAUGAAAAAGAAUGUGUGCUUACUACAUGUCUUGGUACUUUUAAUUUUAGUUUGGAAAUUAAAUUGAUAUACUUCUGUGCAUUACAGAUUUCAAACUGUAUAUAAAAACUGAAAGUGCCUCUUUUUCUAUCAUAACCACAGAUCUGGGUUUAAUUCUCAAAAUGAUAUUCUUAAUGUAAAGGGUGUUAGUUACAUCUUGUCUUGUAAAAAAAAAGCCUAUUUUUAGCAGAAAAAUAAUUUAUGGCUGAUCCAUUAUUAUCACUAUGAAGUUAUUUCUUGAAGUAAAAAAAAAAGUUUUAAAUCUCUAAACUUUAUUGUUGUCUUUAACUAUGUGCUUGCUCAUGUCAGGCGUCUUUAGCAAUAUGCCACUUCACCAGGGAUUCUUAGAUAUCGCUUUUAUCUGAAUUACCAACUUGUUUGAGAAGAAAAAAAGUCAUAGCUUUUAUUGGUAAAGAAUAGUUUUCCUUGGCUUUUUUUCAGGAGGACGUUAUAUGCUUUAAAAUAUUCAGUUUAUCAACAUUAUUGUACUGUAUCCCGUAAACCACACAAUGCAAAUAUAGUUCUGUUCAGCUCAGUUUAAGUGGAUUUUUUCCAACUAACAUCUCCAUGGAAUAUUCAAACAUGUCUGGUAGUAAAAUUCUUAAAUAUGUAAAGAAUUCCAAAAAAAUACUGAAUUUUAGGAAAAAUAAGAUUUUUGAUAAGAAUAUUUAGAAAGAUGCUGUUUUGAAAAUGGACAUGAAAUAAUUUUAAUUAGGUUUUUUGUUCGUAGUGUAAUAGAAAGCUUUUUUUAAUGUUAUGCUACUUUGCCUUGUUAAGAAAGAAAAUAAUUUGCCUCAGGUAAAUAAGUUGAUAUUUGUGUUUUUGUUUCCAGCAUCUUUACAGCAGUGUUUGCUAAAAUCACAUAAGGAUGUAUUCCAUAAUUCAUAUAUCUAUUUCAUAGUUUAUUUUAAAAAGUUUAAGAUCAGGAAAGCAGUGUUUUGACAUGUUUUCAGCUAAUACUGACACAAGAUAGUAGAAACAAUUCAAUUGAAGACCGUAUAACAAUCCUUUAGCUGGGGAGAGAGGUCAGGAAAUGCCAUUACUUUUUUCUUCUUAUUGGGAGUUCUGUUAUACCGUGACCAGUAAGGAUCUUUAUGCCUUGCAUAGUUUAUUGUCAAGUGCCUGUAUUUCACCUUUUAAUAUAUUCAUGAUGCACAGCUGGAGAAAAAGCCCUGUAUAUACAAAUUACAAAAAAUUUCCCAUAAUCUGAAUUAUUCUAAAGUUAAAACUUUAUUUGGAUCAGAAUUUGCUGUAUAACUUAUCUGAAUUUUUCCUUCCUACAGAUGACACAUAUAAAAGUAAAAUAUUAAUGUUUUCUAUCAUAAUUGUGUCUGACUUUAUGGUAAAAUAAAUAUGUUGUGAUUUUAAUAUAAUUAUUUAUUAUAUUUUAUAGCAUAAUUUCUUUUGAAGAAAAUUUCACUAAAGUGAAUUUAUCUUUCUUUCUUUUUUUUUUUUCCAAAGGCAUUUCAUUAAAUCUCUUAAUCAGAAAAUAUUGAGGCCUUAGUUUAUGAUUUAAAUGUUUAUAUAUCCUGAAUAUGAUCAGGAAUACUGUAUGCAUGUAACAAGAAUAGUAUUUAACUCCUUAAGGUUUCGUUUGAUUUUGAUGAGAAAUUGGUUAUACUUCACAAAAGGUAGAUUAAGAAUGAAUUUUAAGGUUAUAUAAGAAAUAAAAUUUUACUUAAAUCUUUCCCCCCUGUUGCCAAUUUGCAUGAUUAUUGGCUUUUACUUAAGUUAUUGUGUCGGAUGACUGUAAUUUGUCACAUAGUGACUUGACUUUUUUUUUAACCUCAUUUUCAAAUGCUAAUAAUACUUGUAGAAUUUUCACAUAAAUAAAGACAUAAUUUAAACUGGA